CCUAGAAACCUGAGCAGGAAGGACAACGGACAGAAGCUGUCAAGUUCUGGCUGCGCCUUCUUAGUUUCUUGCAUUAGCUACAGCCAUGCCUACCCUGUAUACUAACUCUGGGUGCCGGGACCUGCCAGGGACCAGAGAGGAGGAGGAGGAGGAUGCUGAUGAUUAUGAGAACAUGGCGCCUCCCUAUAAGGACCUUCCUCCCAAGCCAGGUUCAUUGGCUCCACCAAGGCCUCCAAGGGCAGGAAGAAAUCCAGAACCCCCCUCACUUCCUCACAAGCACCUGGGGAUCUCAGGCCUGGAUCUGACCCCUGUCACCUACACAUCUCAACUGGGCACCGGUCUGGAGCAUCCUCCAUUUCAGCCAUCCCAAGCUACACCAAUAUUGGACUCUCUGUCCCCAACCCCCACGCUCCCCACCCAAGCAACUCCAGUUCCCUGGCUCAGUCAGAAGUCUGGGGAUCUUGGGUGCUACCAAGAGGAGAGAUGGAUGGUUUUCCUGUGUGUAUUGGUGGUGGUGUCACUGCUCCUGGCCUGCACUGGUCUGGCUGUAACCCUGAUUAAGUACCAGGAGGUGGUGGAAGAACUGAAGAUGUUAAGCUUUCAGCAGAGGGCAUGGCAGGCAAAUGUGACUGGCAUAACGGGGCUUGCUGGCCUGAAGAAGGACAUUGACCAAGUAAGAGCUGACACCAACCAGUCCCUGGUGGAACUUCGGGGCUUAUUAGACUGUCCAAGGAUCACCUGCCCUGAGGGCUGGCUCCCUUUCGAGGGCAAAUGCUACUACUUCUCCCCAAACACCAAGUCAUGGGAUGAGGCCCGGAAGUUCUGCCAAGAGAAUUACUCUCACUUGGUCAUCAUCAAUAGCUUUUCUGAGCAGAACUUUGUGGCCAAGGCUCACCGCUCUCCACGGGUGUACUGGCUGGGGCUGAGUGACAAGGAGCACGAAGGGAAAUGGAAGUGGCUGGAUGGGUCGCCUGUCACUUUGAGCUACUGGGAACCAGCAGAACCUAACAAUGCUCACGAGGAGGACUGUGGCAGCAUGAACACAGGAGGCACUUGGAAUGACCUCUCUUGCAACAAAGCUACGUAUUGGAUUUGUGAGCGGAAAUGUUCCUGUUGAACCCCAGGGAUGAGACAGGGUCACUGGGUGGGAGUCUGUGCCUGACUGCCCCUUGGCUCUUGGAGAUGAGAACCUCCUGCCCUUCCACGGAAGGCCCUGCUUCUCCACGAACUGAUUUGGAGGCGCCCAAGGGACCGACAGCCUGGAUGUAGAAAGUUCCCUGGGGUGUAAGUCAGACCGUUUCUAGGGUGAGGACUUGGGGCCUUGUUCAGUUGGAUGGUGUUUUAGUGCCUCCAGGUUGCUGUAACAGAACCCCACAUUCUGGGUGGCUCAUAAACAACUUCUUUCUUAAAGUCCUGGAAGCUGGGAAGCCCCAGAUCAAGGUGCAGGGAGAUUCAGGGUUUGGUGAAGGCCUGCUUCCUGGUUCAUGGAUGCUUCUUUCUGCGGUGUCCUCACAUGUUAAAAGGGACAAGGGAGCUCUCUGGGGGCCCUUUUAUAAAGGCAUUAAUCCCAUUCAGGGGGCUGCUACCUUCACGACCUAAUCACUUCCUAAAGGCCCCACCUCUGAAUGCCAUCACAUUGGGGCAGGGUGUCAACAUAUGAAUUUUGGAAGAGGGACACAUACAUUCAGUCCACAGUCGCUGGUGAGCUGGAGGGACAUGUUUUAGUGAUGGUCUCCUAGUUCUGGGGUCUGGAGGAAGCUCACCAAGUCCUUGAUCAUGACACUUAGGAAGUGAUGUUUCCCUGGGGGUCUGGGGUCUGGGUGAUUGAACUGGAGCUCAAAAUAACUUGGGUCCUCUGAACCAUGAUGCACUGGGAGUGGGCUCCCUUGCUGCCUGUCUGAUGUGCACCAACUGCUGGGAAGCAGAUGGGGCAAGGUUAUUCUUGAAAAGCAACUUUCUCAACAUCCCAGGUGAGGUUUGAUCAAGCUAGGUGGUGGAACUAGCCCUCUGCUAGAUUUGGCCCACGGAAGGCCUGGAAAGGCAGACCAGCUGAGAGACAAGACACCCACCUGAUAUGGCCAAGCUGGGCUGUGACUUGGUCAGAUCCUCAGGACAGCAAUGGAGACAUCUACCUGCCUGUGCCUUUGAACUCUGCGGUUCGUGAAGAUCUUUGAUGAAGUAUUUCACUUUACUGCCAAGUGGACCUUCUGGGGCUAUUAGCUCUUGCAAUGUUAGAGCUUCUCAAAAUGCUAUUUCCUCAUGUGGUCCUUGUCCACUGUGUUAGUUUGCUGGGGCUUCCAUAAUAAAGUGCCACAGACUGAUUCAAACAACAAAAAUAUAUAAAAUACAUUGUCUCACAGUUCUGAAGAAUGGAAGUUCAAAAUCAAGGUGUUGGCAUGAUUGGUUUCUUGUAAGACUCCUCUCUUUGGCUUAUACAUGGCUGUCUUUUCUCUGCCCAUAUCUGUGUCCUAAACUCUUCUUAUAAGGACCCCAGUCAUAUUGGCUUAGGGCCCACACUAAUGACUUCAUUUUACCAUAAUUACCUUUUUAACGACCCUAUCUCCAAAUACAGUCACAUUCUGAGGUCUUGGGGUUAAGACUUCAACACAUGAACUUUUUAGGGGGGGACGUAAUUAAGCCUGUAAUACCUGCUAUAUGCCAGAGGUACCUCUCCCUAUCAUUAUGACAAUCAAAACCAUCCCCUAGAAAGCUGGUACUACCCCCAGCUGAGCACAACUCAACAGGGAAAUUCCUUUGGAACAAUCCCUGAAUCAUAUACAAGGGUGAGUAGACAUUCUCCUAAUCAAUUAAUUUAUUGAUCAACAAAUGCCCAUGACUAUCAGAAUUGUUUGUGUUUUGACUGAGAGCAGGUGGUUAUGGAAAGGAGACUCUGGGUGGAGGGAGGGCCAUGGGGGAGGCCGGCAUUCAUUUCAUUUUCUGUUCCUUCUAUACUUGUCUCCCCACCACCUCCACACCUGUCCUCAACUUACCAGUACCAAAACCAUGCAGCCCAUAGACUGCGGAGUGGGUGAAUAUCCUGUUCCAAGCCCACCACCCAGGGGACCAUUGGUCCAAUCGACUGUUCAUCUGGGGUUAGGGGAAAUUCCCACAUCUGAGAAGAGGAAGCUUUAGUUUCCCCUAAUACGUGGGUUGAGAAAUGGGGAAGCAGGGGUCUGUGGUCAUGUCUCCAAGUCAUGCUAGGGAGUCCGUGGUGAAGCUGGCCCAAACCCAUCCCCCUUCCUCACCUCUCAUGAUUGUCUAAUUUCAGAUAGUGAUGCACCUGAAUGAGGUCCCCCUUACCCCAAUGGUUUAUUAUACAUGCAUUGUUUGCUAGAUAGAUGCAGGAGCUCUCAUUGAAUCUUCACAAUGACUCUGUGAGGUUGCAGUAAUGACCAACCCCAUUUAAUAGCUGGAAAAACUGAGGCAUGAAGGAGUAUCAUGGCUUAUCUAUUGACAUUUAGCAGGUAAGGGGCAGAGCUGGUCUUUGGACUCAGCCUGUGCCUUCAGUGGUUGAUCUCUUUCUGUAGCAUCUGCUGCCUUCCAAGGGACUUCCUGCAAACCUGAGUUAUUUCUGAGGACCCCAACCUUCAUGAUUUUCAUCUUUUGGCCUUUUGCUUUGUGAUCUGAGAUAUUUUUUCCACGUGGUCUUGAUAGCCACUCAUUUGGCCCUUUACAGGGGUCAUCCUCUUUAAUUUCCAGCAAAACUCCUCUUUUUAUUUAUUCCCAUUUUAUUUAGCUCCAUAGAUCUUUUUGGUGCCACACUUGAAAAUUUUUAGAUUCUUAUUUUUAUUAUCCUUAGCUGAAGUUGUCUGUCUAUUCCAGAAGCCCUCCUUUGCUGGGCAUCCAGUAUAUUGGACCAUCUUCUUUUCA